GCCGGCGGAGGGGUAUAUAAGCCCCCGGGAAUAUACGUAUAACGCGGCUUCACACGGUCUUCUCUUUCUUGAUCAUCCAAACCUCCACUCAUACCGUCUCAAGAUGGCACCAAAGAAGGCCAAGAGGAGGCAGGCAGCAGGAGACAGCGGCUCCUCCAAUGUGUUCUCCAUGUUUGAGCAGAGCCAGAUUCAGGAGUACAAAGAGGCUUUCACAAUCAUUGACCAGAACAGAGAUGGUAUCAUCAGCAAAGACGACCUUAGGGACGUGCUGGCCUCAAUGGGCCAGCUGAACGUGAAGAAUGAGGAGCUGGAGGCCAUGAUCAAGGAGGCCAGCGGCCCCAUCAACUUCACCGUCUUCCUCACCAUGUUCGGAGAGAAGCUGAAGGGUGCUGACCCCGAGGACGUUAUUCUUAGCGCCUUCAAGGUCCUGGACCCCGAGGGUACUGGAAGCAUCAAGAAGGAAUUCCUUGAGGAGCUCCUGACCACUCAGUGCGACAGGUUCACCAAGGAUGAGAUUAAGAACAUGUGGGCCGCCUUCCCCCCAGAUGUUGCUGGCAACGUAGACUACAAGAACAUCUGCUACGUCAUCACACACGGAGAGGAGAAGGAGGAGUAAAGAGAAAACUAGAAGACAAGAAAAGACAGCAAUCCCUUUGCUAUUCUGUCUUCCCCGUCUUUUUCGCUGCUCCUCUUCCUCCCCGCUCACCUUCUGUGUAAACCCAUGUGCUCAGUCGCUCAUGGUCAAACCAAAGACUUGUCACACUGACACAUGAGAUGGCUGCUGCCCAUGGAUGUCUAUGUUUGCUUAUGGGGAAUAGGGAUGAUUUUCAAUAAAAUUAUCCUGUAACAUCAUUUCCAACAUUUCAAACAUCCUCUUUUUCUUUGCAACUAUUUUCUGUCUUCUCACCUCUCCAUCUCUGUCAGCCCUGUCACUUCAGCCUCUGAAGUGUUCACAUGAAUGCAGCAUGCCCUUCUUCACUUAGUAUCUGAGAGAAAAGCAGGUUUACUCUUUGGAGAGGUGCACCAAACAUGAGGACCUCAUUCCAAAUUUUGAAGAUGUCCUCCUGGGUAGAAGAGGUGAGAGGAGGGAGAGCAUUUGCAGGUUAGAGAGGAAAAAGUUGCUUCCUUAAAGUGAUGACAACUUUCUUUUUCCUUGACAAGUGAAAACAAAAAGGGCUGAAGGAGAGGAGAGAAAGGGCCGAAAGAAAACAUUCACAUCUUCGAUUACUUUCCCUCCACUCCUUCCUGCACCGAGUAAAUCACCUUUUUUUCCAUAAGCUGUCUUGAAUCCAGUGACUGGACUUCUUGCUCACCUUUCCUCUGUAAUGAAUAAAAGGGACAAACUGUGAA